AGCCGGAGGUUGGUGUCCCCCUGCUGGGGUGAUUUGGCGCAGAGUGGAGGAGGUGCUUGCUCCUGCCCCUGCUCCUCCCCUCUCCUUGCGGCCUCUCGGAGGUCGGCCCUCUUCUUGUGGCCUGCUGUAAAAUGUGGAUGACGCCCAAGAGGAGCAAAAUGGAAGUCGACGAAUCUCGGGUUUUCCGGACCGAGUGGACCCAGCGUUACUUGGUGGUGGAGCCUCCGGAGGGCGAAGGGGCCCUGUGCCUGGUCUGUCGCCGCCUCGUCGUAGCCACCCGCGAACGCGACGUCAGGCGCCACUACGAGGCCGAGCACGACUACUACGAGCGGUAUGUGGCGGAGGGCGAGCGCGCGGCCCUAGUGGAGCGUCUGCGGCAGGGCGACUUGCCCGUGGUCGCCCCGCUCACUCCCGAGGAGAGAGCUGCUCGUGCAGGCCUCGGGCUCGCCCGCCUUUUGGCCUUGAAGGGUCGCGGCUGGGGUGAGGGGGACUUUGUGUACCAGUGCAUGGAGGUGAUGCUGAGGGAUGUACUGCCCGAACACCUAAGCGUUCUGGAUGGCAUUGAUUUAUCUCCAGAGGUCACGCGGCAGAGGGUCCUGAACAUUAACAAGAACCUACGCAGUCAGCUUUUUGACAGAGCCAAGGACUUUAAAGCCUAUUCCCUUGCCUUGGACGACCAGGCCUUUGUGGCCUAUGAGAACUACCUCCUGGUCUUUGUCCGCGGCGUGGGCCAGGACUUGGAGGUCCAAGAAGAGCUUCUGACCAUAAUCAACCUGACUCGUCACUUCAGUGUUGGUGCCCUUAUGGCGGCAAUCCUUGAGGCCCUGCAGACAGCAGGGCUUAGCUUGCAGCGAAUGGUUGGACUAACCACGACCCACACUCUGAGGAUGAUUGGUGAGAACUCAGGACUGGUGUCGUACAUGAGGGAAAAGGCUGUAAGCCCCAACUGUUGGAAUGUUAUCCAUUAUUCAGGAUUUCUGCACUUGGAACUCUUGAGCUCCUACGAUGUCGACGUUAAUCAGAUCAUAAAUACUAUAUCAGAAUGGAUAGUUCUGAUUAAGACCAGAGGCGUUAGGCGCCCCGAAUUUCAGGCUUUACUAACUGAAUCUGAAUCAGAGCAUGGCGAAAGGGUUAAUGGACGAUGUCUGAACAAUUGGCUUAGAAGAGGGAAGACUUUAAAACUGGUAUUUUCCCUGAGAAAAGAGAUAGAAGCAUUCUUGGUUUCAAUAGGGGCAACAACGGUCCAUUUCACAGACAAGCAAUGGCUGUGUGACUUUGGCUUCUUGGUGGAUAUUAUGGACCACCUCCGAGAACUCAGUGAACUGUUGAGAGUCAGUAAAGUCUUUGCUGCUGCUGCCUUUGACCAUAUUUGUACCUUUGAAGUGAAGCUGAAUUUACUGCAGAGACAUAUUGAGGAAAAAAAUCUAACACACUUUGCUGCCUUCAGAGAAGUUGUUGAUGAGCUUAAACAGCAUCUUAAAGAAGAUCAAAAAAUAUUUGAUCCUGAUAGGUAUCAAGUGGUGAUCUGUCGCCUACAGAAAGAAUUUGAGAGACAUUUCAAGGAUCUCAGGUUCAUUAAAAAGGACUUAGAACUUUUUGCAAAUCCUUUUAAUUUUAAACCUGAAUAUGCACCUAUUUCAGUAAGAGUGGAACUAACAAAACUUCAGGCGAAUACCAACCUUUGGAAUGAAUACAGAGUCAAAGACUUGGGGCAGUUCUAUGCUGGAUUGUCUGCUGAAUCUUACCCAAUUAUCAAAGGGGUUGCCUGUAAGGUGGCAUCCUUGUUUGAUAGUAACGAAAUCUGCGAAAAGGCUUUUUCAUAUUUGACUCGAAACCAACACACUUUGAGCCAGCCAUUGACAGAUGAGCAUCUCCACGCCCUGUUUAGGAUUGCCACAACUGAAAUAGAGCCGCAUUGGGAUGACCUUGUGAGAGGAAGAAAUGAAUCCAAUCCAUAAGCCUUGGUAGUACAACAUUGAGACACUCAAAGAGAAUCUCAUUCUAAAAGCAAACAUUUGUCCGAUUUUUCAAGUGAACUAAUUUGGAUUGUGGCAAAGCACCAAGUUUAUUCAUCCAAAUUGAUCACGAUUCAGAUUCUUCUGACAGAUGUUUUUUUUUCAUCUCAAGAGGCAGCAUGGGACUGAGACAUGCAAACACCUUUUUUAAAAUUUAAUUUAAUGACAAAGUCAUUGUAUUUUGCUUUUAUGAUACGAUUGUUUUUAAAGAAGUUCAGUACUGAUAAUGUGAGUUGAAUUAGAAGUCUGUUUUUCAGAUGUUUUAAAGAAAUUUUAGGUUUUAACAAAGUGCUAAAAUUCUGAUGCAUAUGGUCUGAAGUUAUAAUUCCUUAAAUGUAUGUUUGAGCCAGUUUGCAGAAACUCACAUAGUAAGUUCAGAAGUUUUUGAGAAGGAAGAACGUACAUACAUGGAGGUAUUUUGUCUUAACUACCAAAAUGUUAGUAUUUUUUUUUUAAACAUUUUUCUGAGUCUGAAGUCAACACUGACAGAUUUCCUCUUCUCACCCCCCAACCUGCCCUAGUGAUAAUAUUACUAGUAGAAGAGAAUAAUCUUAAAAAUUUUAGUCAGAGGAGUAAGAAUUAUUUUUAAAUUGCUGGUUUAGGACGCUUCCUGCAUUUUGGAGAUCAUACUAUCCAGUUAUUGGGGGUCUCCCCUGAAUUUUUCACAGUUGGGUGCUGUUUUAUCAGCUUGCCUAUUAAAGGACUACGGUAAGUAUAGAAUCUUAAUAGUUGCCCAUUAGUUAUUCUUUAUUCUACUCCAGACAAGUUUGGCCCUGUCAAAAAAGGAUGACAGAAUAAGAUUAUUGCCCUCCAGGAUCAGGAGGUGUGAGAUAUUUUAGCUUAUUAUGCAUGGGUGUUACUGCUUUAUAAAGAAAUCCUGUUUAAAGGAAACCCUUUAUUUUAAAGUGAUAUGAUAUCAGAUUGUGUUAGCUGCUGGAAGUGGAUUUACUAUAGAAUUUAAAACUGUCCCACACAUUCUAUAUUUACGAUAGUGCACAAGUAGAAAUACUUAACUCUCAAGAAGCAGCUUUAUUAACAGAUUGUAGCAAUUCCGUAUUUCUAGUGAGACAUCUGCUUUGUGGAAAAACAGUACUUUCCAAACUUAAGUUAACCAUGAAAAGGAAAUCUUACAGUAAAGCCAAAUAUAUAAAACGAUUUAAAAGCAGGACCCAACUGAGAGGUCCUCUCAAGUACAAUUUGCAAACCUGUGCUGAAGUCCGGUCUUAACUAUUAUAACACAUUGUUCUUGGUCACUAAUCCAGCAAAUUCAUGGAACCAGGAUGCAACCAACAAUUUAGAAGGAACUGAUUCCCGAGCAACCAAAAUAGAUGCCAUGAGAGCUCAGGAACCAAAAUUGUGUCAAGGGUUCUUGACCAGAAGCAGUAACCCCUCUUUCCAGAGGUUGUUUGAAAAUACAGGGGACUUUUGGUUGUCAGACUUACCUGGGGGGAUUCUGCUGGCAUUUAAGCAUGAAGGACCCCCCCCCCCCCCCCCCCGUGGAUAAGGCAGCCAGGCACAAAGGAGAAUUAUCCUUCCCAAAGUGCCAGUAGGUCCCCCGUUGUACCUUUGUAGAUUAUUUUAUUUUGAGGGACAGGGCAAAUUACCGGUAGAAGCAGAAUGAGAAAAGCAAGUCGGGCAAACUGACACUAGUCGAUAGGGGAGACUCAUUCCAACGUUCCAGGUUUGGCUGGUAAGAUGAAGUAAAGGCCUUGAUAGAUUCUGGUAGCUCACAGUAGCAUUUAAGUCAGUGGCUUAUAUUGAACCAGACUAAAGGGCUCAGUUCUGUUAAACGGAAUUAGAACAGAAAAGCAAGUAUUAACAAGCUAGUAAUUGAGGAUGGUCAAGUUGAGAUUUUCGGUGAACGGGGAGUAAGCUUAAAUAUCUGGAAAAACAACAAUGAAAAACCAACCCCUCCCCCCAAAUCUACCGGUAAUUUGCCAGUAGUUUAGAGUCUUCUUUUUCAUGGCAAGUGCUUUAUUGAAAGAAUGUUUGGAGGACCUGCUUCUGCUUUCCUACCCUAGUUCCUAAAAUAUUGAAGUCUUGUACAUUUUGUGCAGUUCCACUAUAUAUUUUGCUUAAGGUAAUAAAACUAGUUUGCAUCAUGUAGUCACUGAGUUGGGGGGAGAUAUAAGCUAAGGAUUUAAAACUGACCCUAAAUAAUAGAGAAUUUGCUAUAAAUUAGUCUUGUUUGUAAUAAAGAAAACUGUGUAUAUUAUUGUUUUCUGUAUUAAGUAAUUCUGUAACUGCAUGGCAGUCUUUAAAAUUUUUUUUUUUUUACAAAAUAGUUGUUACUGGUCCUAUUGUAUCAGUGGUUAUAGUUAAAAUAAGCACUAUUUUUUAAAAACCCUAUGUCCCUGUAUCUCCCAUUCCUACUAGUUUUCUUAAAAGAUCUGUCUGUAUUCCCAGUCUUAGUGCCACUCAAACUGCUCUACCCAGCUAGAUCCUUGUCAGCAUUCUUAACCCUCUUUGACACCACUGACUACUCUUCCUUGAAGUACUUGUAUAUGUUGGCUUCAGGGGUAGAUACUAUCUGCAGGUAUGCUUUCUCAGUCCGCUUCGUAGGUGCACCCCUUUCGCCUGACAUGUUUGUGUUGUGAUUUUAAAAUUUUGUUGUAGAGUCUCUUUCUACGUCAUCUUAGCUGCUCUCAUCCCUGACCAUGGCUUCUGUUACCAUCUGUAUGCAAAUGAUCCCCAAGUUCAUAUCUCCUUUCUAGGCCUUUCCUAAUUCAUGUAUCUAAUUGCUGACGUAGUCACUCUGCUAACUUAAGUCCCCUCUUGUAGACACCAUAGCAUGUCAUUGAUCUUGCCCCCAAACCUUCUCUUCUGUUCCGUCUUUGAGUAGACGGCACUGCUGCUACCAGUUGCCCUAGCCCAAGCCAAAAACUGAUCUGUCCAUGACCUUAUCAUAUCCACUCACGAAAACCUUUGUGUUAGGUCUACUGUCUCAAGUUUUUCUCACUUCUCCAGUGCUACCAUCCUAAUUCAGGCCAUCAGUCUACCUAAAUUAGAGCAACAGCAUCCUUGUUAGUCUCUUUUUCUCUGGUUUUGAUCAUUUUUUAUGCUGCAGCCAGAUUGUUCUGAAAGACAUACCUGGUCAUAUCUCUCCACUGCUUUCACCAUGACAUAGGAUAAGGUACAAUUUCUGUUCAUCUUUGAGGUCUCAGUUUAAGUACCACUUCCUCUAAGAAGCCUUCACGGAUGCCCUUUAGACUAGUGCCCCCACUGUGCACUCUCUAAAUACCCUUUACUUUUCCCAGCCAUACACCUGUCACAUUUUGUUGCUACUUUUUAUCUGUCACUGCUAGACUGUAAGCUUUACCAGGGCAGGGACUGUGCCUUGCUAGCUGUUCUAUCUGUAGUGUUUAGCACAAUGCCUGGCGUUCCAAUAAACGUUUGGAUGAAUAAAUAUGUGUGUAGUGUUAUGAUCUUUGAAGCCCUUUCAUAGUCUUAUUUGACCUUUACUGAGGUCUUCCUGCCUUAGCCUGCUUGUUGGGUAAUUGUUAUUCACAUAUUAUGAAUUAAGAAAUGAAACUAAGUUCUUUGUGACUAGGGAAUUGUAUUCCCAGAAUUCAGCUCAGUGCUUGGCAUGUGGCUCAAAUAUUUAUUAUGUGAAUGUUGUUUGAGGAAACAAACAUAGAUUGCAAUUUGCCCUAGUACAUGUAAGUAGUAAAGCCAGGAUUCAAACCCAGGUAUACUUAUAUGAACCUAUGGAAUAUUAAGUCUUUACCUCCUUUAUUUAGAAGUCUUCAUUUCUUUUCUUUUUUUUUCUAAUUUCCAAAGAUAGACUUCCAAAGGAACCUAGAUGAAAAAGAUUGGACAACUAUUUAGUGGACUAAAAUAAUACUUUGGUAAUCAAAAAGUUACACUCAGUAUCAGAAAAAAAUGCAGCAAACAUGCAUACUAUUUACUUGCCACUUUCCUUUACAGAUGAUUUUUGGCUCUUCUGGGAUUUAAAAGUAAAUAAAUUUAAUAAGAUAUUAGAAGAGUGACUCUGUCUUCCUGGUCCCUAGAUACCCAGUUCUCUUGCUUUCUUGCCUACAGAAUGUCCUUAUCACUUCUCCAAGAAAGAUGACCCAAAAGUGACAUGUAAUCAAGGUGUACUUCUUAGAUUUGCUAUAUUUCUUUGCUUUCCUGUUCACGUGCCUCUGAACUUAAUUUCUGGGUAACCAGGGCUUUUGGGAUUCGUGGAAGAACUAUACUCACAGUCUUUUUCCUUGAGCCAUUUUGUCCAAUUUAGGGGAUUAACCAGUGUUACACUAAGUUGGACUUUUAGUCUGAGGCACAUUAACUUAUCCAGAAAUCUUAACAGUAGGUGUGAUAGUCAUCCAGUGAUCCUUGCUGCAAAACUGGGUUUUAAUGGGUUUCUUUAAUCCUUUGGAUUAAGGAAUUUCUCAUUUUUAUCUUCUCAUAAUUGAGAAGUGGCCUCAUCCUAUCCAAUAAGUACUCAGAUUUGUGAACUCUACCCCCUUUCAUUUCUGCUUGCAAAUUGAUGAAUUCUGAGGUCAUCUCUUUCUUAGACAUUUUGUCAAAUGCAGCCAACAGCAACCAUAAAACAUUUUGUUUUACUCCGCCCCCCCCCCCGCCCCUUAGUAAAGGAUAGAUUCUGUGCCUUACAGGCUUUCCCAAGAGAUGGUUUCACCACUCCAUAACAUGAGUUGCCCCCAUAAGUUACUUCUUCCAUCCUCCAAUAGCAAUUUCCUGAGUGCCUACCAACUAAGCCAGUGUGUAGUAUGUUGAGUUUUUUUUUUUAAAUGGAGCCAAUUUCUCUAUCAGGAUAGGCGAGGUUGUCAUACAGUAACAGCAAAAUCUCAAUGCCUUGGGAACUUUUCUCUUGCAACUUGGCUAGGGACUUUGCUCGAGGUCGAGGGUCAGCAAACUACAGUCCACAGGCAGAAUCCAUCCUGUGGCCUGUUUGUGUAAAUAAAGUUUUAUCAGAAGAGAGCCUUGCCCACUUAUUUAUGUCUAUGGCCGCUUUUGCUCUAUAAUGGCAGAAUUGAAUAGCUGUGACAAGGAGUGUACAACGCACAGAGUCUAAAAUAUUUGCUACAUGACCCCACAGAAAAUGCUCACUGAUCCCUGCUCAAAGUUCUCACUCUGGGUCUCAGGUUAACCAGAUAUCAUGUAUGGUGUGGCUGCUCAUUUUGGGAAAUGAAAAAAAAAUGCAGCAAAUCACUUAGGCCUGUAAAGCGCUUUCACUGCCCAAAACAAAUCCCAUGGCCACACCAAAGUUCCAGGAAGACUGUAAUCCUUCCCUGUGCCUCAGAAGAAAACCAGAACUAUUUGGAAGACGACACUAGAUUAACACGUGGUUAUAUCUAUCCAUUUCUCUAAUUUCUUUAAAAAUGUUUUUUAUUGAGGUAAAACUAUUGAGUACAGUGUGUAAAUAUUAAAUGUAUGCCUCAGUGGAUUUUUUUAUACACUCUUCAACCCAUCACCCAGAUCAAGAUACAGAACAUUUCUGGUACCCUGGCAGAUGCUCUCAUGUCCCUCCUGCACACAGAUACACUAUUCUGACCUUUAUCACCAGAGUUUAUUUUUGUCUUUUUAAAGCUUCAUGUAAAUGUAAUAAUUAUAUGUGCUCUUGUGUCUUUUGUUCAAUACUAUGUGACUCAUCCACGUUGCAUGUAGCAGCAUUUUUUACUUCUGUGCAGUAUUCCAUUGUAUGACUGUAUUGCAAUUUAUAAAUCCAUUCUGCUGUUGAUGGAAAUUUUGGUUGUUUCCAGUUUGUGAUUAUGAAUAAAGUUGCUAUAAACAUU